UGGAGGCCAUGUUAUAAUACUCAUGAGAUUUAACUAAUAAAGUGGUGGCAAAACAAAAAAAAAAGAGAUGUACGGUUAAAUUGGCUUAGAAGACAAGGCAAACUCCAUUGAAGCAAAACCGAAGCCACCUUUGUCUUUAGCCACUCGUGUUCCUAUUGGAACUUAUUGGCAGUGGUGUAUUGUCUUUGAUGAGACAAUGAUGAUCCUUUGCUUCAAAAGGAAACUCUUCCAAUCUCGUCUCUGUCCUUGCUUCUUCAGUUAAAUAUCAAACUCGGAAACCUCAUGUCUCUCUGCAACAAUGGCGAACGCCACUUCGCGUUUGCUCUUCUUCCUCGUCUGCUGUUUCGCAGUCUUCUCUGUCAUCUCCUCUGUCACAGACCCUCGUGAUGCGGCGGCUAUGCGUUCUUUGAUGGAUCAAUGGGAGAAUACGCCGCCGAGCUGGAGAGAAUCAGAUGAUCCUUGUGGUACUCCUUGGGAAGGUGUCACCUGCAACAACUCAAGAAUCACUGCACUGGGUCUAUCUACAAUGGGUCUGAAAGGAAAACUAAGCGGAGACAUCGGAGGACUUACUGAACUAAGAUCCUUGGACCUGUCGUUUAAUCCAGGCCUCAAAGGUUCACUUACUCCACAGUUAGGAGAUCUUCAGAACCUUAAUAUCCUUAUACUUGCUGGUUGCGGCUUCACUGGAAAUAUCCCUGAAGAACUUGGCAAUCUCUCCGAGCUAUCCUUCUUGGCAUUGAACUCGAAUAACUUCAGCGGUAGAAUUCCAGCCUCUCUGGGAAAUCUCUCCAAGGUUUACUGGUUGGACCUUGCAGAUAAUCAGUUGACGGGUCCUAUUCCAGUGUCUUCACCCUCGAGCCCCGGACUCGAUCUCCUCUUAAAGGCGAAACACUUCCAUUUCAACAAGAACCAGCUUUCUGGCCCCAUUCCUGCAAAGCUUUUCAGCUCUGAGAUGAUACUGAUCCAUGUACUAUUCGAUGGAAAUCAAUUCUCCGGGAACGUACCUUCCACGUUAGGGUUUGUUCAGACUCUCGAGGUUCUUCGGCUCGAUAGAAACAUGCUGUCAGGAGAAGUCCCGGAAAAUCUCGGAAACCUCACAAAUAUCAAUGAACUGAACUUAGCUCACAACAAGUUGGUAGGAACUUUGCCGGAUUUGUCAGACAUGAAAUCGCUGAACUACGUAGAUCUCAGCAACAACUCAUUUGAUCCAUCAGGAGCUCCUUUCUGGUUCUCAAGCUUACCUUCAUUAACCACUCUGGUGAUGGAAUAUGGAUCACUUCAAGGACCAGUUCCUCAGAAGCUCUUUGGCCUCCCACAGAUUCAGCAAGUGAAACUGAAAAAGAAUGCUCUCAAUGGAACAUUGAGCUUGGGAGAUACAGUCGGAUCACAGCUCGAACUCGUUGAUUUGCAGGACAAUGACAUUUCCUCGGUAACACUGAGCUCUGGAUAUACCAACACUUUAGUCCUUAUAGGAAACCCGGUCUGUUCAACAGCUCUUUCAAACACAAACUACUGUCAGGUUCAGAAGCAACAAGACAAAAGGACUUACUCGACUAAUCUCGCUAACUGCGGAAGCAAAUCUUGUCCGUUGGAUCAGAAGGUCAGUCCUCAGAGCUGCGAAUGCGCGUAUCCUUACGAGGGCACGUUAUAUUUCAGAGGGCCAAUGUUCAGAGACCUGUCCAAUGUAAACACGUUCCAUUCGCUCGAGAUGAGCUUGUGGGUGAAACUUGGACUCACCCCUGGCUCGGUAUCUCUCCAAAACCCUUUCUUCAACAAUGACGACUACCUUCAGAUUCAGCUUUCGCUUUUCCCGCAUAUGGGAAAGUAUUUCAACAGAAGCGAAGUCCAGAGAAUCGGAUUCGACUUGAGUAACCAAACGUACAAACCUCCACCAGGGUUUGGACCUUACUAUUUCAUUGCAUCUCCAUAUACUUUCCCUGCGGAAGGUGAAGGGCAUUCACUGAGCUCUCAGAUGAUUGUCGGGAUAAUAACAGGUUGCGGCGCUUUGGUUAUGUGCCUUGUCGGGUUAGGUAUAUACGCAGUUUGGCAAAAGAGACGCGCAGAGAAAGCUAUUGGCUUGAGUCGACCAUUUGUUUCAUGGGCAUCAAGCGGAAAAGACAGUGGCGGUGCGCCCCAGCUGAAAGGAGCGCGGUGGUUUUCCUACGACGAGCUCAAGAAAUGCACCAACAACUUCUCCGCCAGUAAUGAAUUGGGAUACGGAGGUUAUGGGAAAGUUUACAGAGGAAUACUCCAGGAUGGGCAGAUAGUGGCGAUCAAGAGAGCUCAACAGGGAUCGACACAAGGCGGGCUAGAGUUCAAGACAGAGAUCGAGUUGCUGUCUCGAGUUCAUCACAAGAACCUCGUCGGUCUUGUCGGAUUCUGCUUCGAACAAGGCGAGCAAAUGCUCGUUUACGAGUUCAUGCCCAACGGAACACUCAGAGACAGCUUAUCAGGGAGGUCAGGGAUCGUUCUCGAUUGGAAGAGGAGGCUGAAAGUGGCGUUAGGGUCAGCGAGAGGGCUCACCUAUCUCCACGAACUGGCCGAUCCACCGAUCAUCCACCGAGACGUGAAAUCCACCAACAUUUUGUUGGAUGAGAACCUUACAGCUAAAGUUGCUGAUUUCGGUUUGUCUAAACUCGUCUCGGACUGCUCCAAGGGGCAUGUCUCUACCCAAGUCAAAGGCACUCUGGGAUAUCUAGAUCCAGAGUACUACACGACGCAAAAACUCACAGAGAAGAGCGAUGUGUACAGUUUCGGUGUCGUAAUGCUCGAGCUAAUAACCGCGAAGCAACCUAUCGAGAAAGGGAAGUACAUCGUCCGAGAGGUGAGGCUCGCGGUGAACAAGAAGGACGGAGAAUUCUGUGGGCUGAGAGAUAUGAUGGAUCAUCCCCUCAGAGACGCCGGAAUCUUGCCGGGAUUCGGCCGGUUCUUGGACUUAACCCUAAAAUGCGUCGAGGAUUCCGCGGCCGAGAGGCCGACGAUGAGCGAUGUCGUGAAGGAGAUCGAGAUUAUCGUACAGAACGACGGCUCGGGCACCAGCUCCUCUGCUUCGACAUCGUCUUCAGUAACGGAUUUCGCGGCCGGGCAGGGCGGCGGAAAGGACCUGUACGGAGAGAAUAUGCGGAGGAAGGAAGGCGGAGCUUUUGAUUACAGCGGCGGAUACUCUGUUCCGCCGAAAAUCGAGCCCAAGUAAGGGAACAGAUUUUUGCCUUUACCUCUAAAGUCGUUCUUCGUAUUUCUUAUUUGCUUGCCGUGGAGGAAAAUCAAGGAUAAUGAAUGAUUUAAUUAGGGUUUCUCUCAUGUGAUCAGUGAUUUUCCGUUUGUUAUUCCUAUCAUCGGAUAUUAGAAUUUGUAUACGAAAAAAGAAAAAUAUAUAACGGUGUUUUGUCUGGUC